GGAAAAUCUCACCAUGUUAAGAUUGAAUAAUUGCAAGAAACUAAGAAAAUUACCAGCCUCGUUUGGAAAAUUGAAGAACUUGUAUCACCUGUUUAUGGAGAAAACUGCCAUUACUGAAUUACCAGAAACAUUUGGAAUGCUUUCUAAUUUACGGACAUUGAAAAUGGCACAAAGUCUCCAGGUGCCUCAAAUUUCUGAAACAUCAGAGCCUGCUACUAUUGUAGAGAUGAAGGUGCUUCCAUCUUCAUUCUCAGAUCUUUCCUUGCUAGUCGAAUUCAAUGCUCGUGCAUGGAAGAUAUCUGGGAAGAUACCUGAUGAUUUUGAGAAGUUAUUAUCUUUAGAGGUUUUGAAUUUGAGUCAAAAUGAUUUUCACAGUCUUCCAUCCAAUAUGAGGGGACUCCAUGUUCUCAAAAAGCUAGAAUUAUCCCAGUGCAAAUUGCUUAAAGUUCUUCCUCCACUGCCCGAGAGUUUGCAGGAACUAAAUGCUGCAAAUUGCAUGUCUCUGAAUGGCAUUUCUGAUCUCUCAAAUUUGCAGAAUUUGAUGCAGAUAGAUUUCGCAAAUUGUGAGAAACUAGUGGACGUUCCAGGCGUCGAACAUUUGAAGUCCUUGAAAAGGUUGUACAUGGGAGGUUGCAGUUCUCGUGCCUCAGCAGUGAUACAAAAACUUAACAAGGUUGCUUUGAGGAAUUUACGAAAUUUUAGUAUCCCUGGAAGUGAAAUCCCAAAUUGGUUUACUCGAGAUGAGGUUUGCUUUUCCAAAAAGAAAUAUAAUGCAAUAAAGAGCGUGAUUAUAGCUGUUGUCAUCUCUAACAACCUUCAAGUCGAGCAUGAUUCAAGAUAUGAUGGGUUGCCUGUAAUAUUCGAAGUCCAAGCAAAGAUCCUGAGAGCAAACAUUGCAGUUUACACCCAUACAAUGAACUUGAGAGGUAUCCCUUGUACAGAGGAGGAUCAGCUUUUUUUGUGCAGAUAUCCGGAUUAUAAUCAGUUAGUUUUCAUACUAGAAGACGGUGAUAAAAUACAGGUGGUAAGGCGCGAUCCUCCUUAUGAUCAUAGAAUUAUGUUGAAGAAAUGCGGGAUUCAUCUAGUUUAUGAGAAUGAUGAUGAUUAUGAUGGUGAAGAAUCAUCUUUGAACGAAAAUUUACACACCGUUACACAAAGAUUAAAGAAUUAUGUUGAAGAAAUGCGGGAUUCAUCUAGUUUAUGAGAAUGAUGAUGGUGAAGAAUCAUCUUUGAACGAAAACUUA